AUGAGUCAAAAGCUUAACAAGUCAACAGAAGCAAGAGUCGGUAGAGAUAAUCAAAGGUAUAAUGAAGAGAAUAGUGCUAGAAUAGUGUGUGGAUGUAUUUGUUUAAAUGAAUCAAAAGAUAAGGUUAUAAUGAUAUCUUCAUCAAAACAUAAAGAUCGAUGGAUUUUACCUAAAGGUGGUAAUGAACUAGAUGAAACUAUGGAAGAAACUGCAAUUAGAGAAACUUGGGAAGAAGCAGGUAUAGAAGGUAGAAUUUUAAAAAUAUUACCAAUCGUCCAAGAUUCAAGAGGUUCAAAAGCUCCAGUAAUCAAAGGUGAGUUUCAUCCAGAUGUCGCAACUCCGAAAACUGAGUUUCAUUUUUUUGAAAUGAAAGUUGAUGAAUUGAGUAAAUCAUGGCCGGAAAUGAAAAAACGACAAAGAAGAUGGUGUACUUACCUGGAAGCAAAACACGAAUUAAUAAAACUGAAAAGAUUAGAAUUGGUCAGUGCUCUUGAUUCAAGUUCACUUAAAAAAGAUGAUAUAGAUAAUUAUUAA